AUGACUCUUAGCCUGACUCUUAGCCGAGUCGAAAAGCGUCGUGGUGCGUCGACUGAACAUUUUGCCUCGGUGGAACAGCUACUGCAACGACUCUAUACUACACCAUUGUCAGGAAAAUUGGCAGCGCGUACUGAAUACGAUGAUAAAAUGGUAAAAUCGAUUCAACGACGAUUAAAAAACUCAAAUAUUAUCGCUCGACCAACAGAUAAGAGCAAAGUAUUUUAUUUUGCCAAUGCUAGUGAUUUCGAGCGAAAAGCGACGGAAUAUAUGGCUAAGACCAAUGCUUAUCAAGAGAUCAUCAGUGGCCGUUGUCCAUUGGCUGACGAUUUAAAUGAUGUAACGAGCUUGCUUGAUUGUUUGUACAAGAAUAAAAGAAUAACCAAAGAUCAAAUGGAAGAUAUGCAACCGGACAAACAUAAAUUGGAAUUAGCUCAUCUGUACUUCAUUCCAAAAGCACAUAAAGUAAGGAAUAAAUUGUUCAUGUGUUUUUAUAUAAGACUUGUCAUUUUCUCAUAACCUGACAUACCAGUACGACCGAUCAUUGCUUCUAUCAAUGCACCAGCACGAUGUAUCUCCAGUUUUCUCGAUAAACUGCUUAGUCCCAUUGUCGAUCAAGUGGCUCGAAAAACGGCUUUUAUCAAUGGUAUUUUCGAUGCACCUAUGUUUAGUGCGAUGUGAAGGACGAUUUUUUAGACAUCUAAAGCAUCUGUACACGUCGAGUUUUCUUGCGUUGUGAUCCUACUUGAAGCCCUAACGAAGGCUCUGUUUUGAGUGUAUGGGAGCUGCAU